AUGGUGGGGGAAGCAGGCCAUGAGCGAUCUGAUGGCGAGACAGGGGUGGUGCAGGCCGCCCCUGCCGCUGGCGGCGGUCACUACACAGACGUGGCCGCCAGCUACGAGGCGGCGUUCUUCUAUAGCUCUCCUGAGUAUCGUGACUGGAUCCUGGAGCGGCUGCUGCGACACUUUGGCCUGCCGGAUGAGGAGGCACAGAUAGUGGACCUGGGCGGCGGCACCGGCAACUUCACCCAGGCGCUGGCGUUGGCGGCUCGGGUGCGGCGCCGAGUGCUGUGCGUCGAUGCGUUUGCUGAGAUGCUGCAAAAGGCGCUGGCGCACGACCGCGUGGAGCCGCUGCUGCUGGACGCGGUGCAGUUUGCUGCGCUGCCGGCGGAGUCCAUGCGGUACAGCCAUGUACUGCUCAAGGAGCUGGUGCACCACAUCCCCGCCGCCGACGUUCCGGCCAUGUACGCCGGGCUGCACCGCCAGCUGGCGCCAGGCGGCGUCGCCGUCACCAUCACCCGCCCGCAGCAAGUCGACUACCCGCUGUUCCGGCGGGCCAGGGAGAUCUGGAGGGAGCACCAGCCGCACCAGUCUGUGUUCACAGCGGCCAUGCAGGCAGCCGGCUUCUCAGUGGAGGUGCACGCCCACGACUAUGCCGCCCAGCUGCCCAAGGCCACGUGGCUGGGCAUGAUGCGAUCCCGCUUCUGGUCCACAUUCAGCCACUGCAGCCAGCAAGAGCUGGAGCAGGCAAGGCGUUCACCAGGGCCUGCCGCUGGGGCCAUCACCGCAGCUGCGCAUCUCGGCAUAGCGGAGGUGGAGCAGCAGUUUGAGGGCCAGGACACGCUGCACUUCACAGACAGGCUGCUCUUCCUUGUGGCGCACAAACCGCGCGACGCUGAUGUGGCGGCGCCUGCGGCAGCUGCCAGCAGCCAGGCGACCGCCGAGAGCGCCAUGGCGGCAGCCCAGCUGCGCGCAGCAGCAGCGCCGGCAGAAGUGCAGCCGCCUGUGCUCGCUCCAGAGCAGCGGCAGCAGUAUGCGGAGCAGGGGUUCACGGGGCCGGUGCAGAUAGUGAGCAGCGAAGAGGCGGCACAGCUGCAUCAGCAGUACCUGCGGUACCAGCAGCGCCUUGGCAGCGCCGUGCAAGGCGACUGGCGCUUUAAGUCGCACCUGCUGCUGCCCUGGGACAGCACCUACGUCGCCCUGAGCCCGCCGGAUGUGGUGACCGUGUGGCUGGCGCUCACGCCCAGCAGCGCCGCCAACGGCUGCCUGCGCUUCCAGCCUGGGUCGCACGAGCUAGAGGGGGUGGAGGGGGAGUGCAUCCCGCUGUCUCCGGGCCAGGCCACGCUGCACCACAUCCGCACGGCGCACCGCUCGGGGCCUGCCGCCCCGGGGUCCCAGGCGCGGCUGGGACUGGCGCUGCGCUACAUGGCGGCGCACGUGCAGCAGGGCCUCGACCCACGUGACUCGGUGACGGUGGUGGCUGGCAUGGACACCUUUGGCCACUACCGCCACGAGCGGGGCCCAGCUGCGGAGAUGGAUGCCGAGGCGGUGGAGCAGCACCGGCAGGCGGUGGCGGCAGUCUACCCUGAAGGCUUUGAGCGGGGCCACUCAGCCGCCCAUCUGGCGGCGCACUUCAUGGAGCCCCAGCCUGCUCCAGCGCUUCGUGUCACCUAG